UUGACCUCAGAUCCUUUUCUGUUUACACGAAGUUACCGAGGACGCCGUGUGGGCGGUUCCAACCCUUGAGCGACGGCGGCGCUCGGGAGCUGCGUCUAUGGCGCCCGUCUGGCGAUAUGCCGGAGCUGACGAGACGCCUCUCGCCUGCCGAGCGUUUCGUCUCGAGUCGCAGCGCUUGUGUUUUCUCAAAGGGCGGCCCGGGAAAAAGGGCUUCCUCCGACAUCGACGGCGGGGCCCGCAAAGGAGAAGAGAAAAAUCAGCCCGAGCCGUUGGUGUACGCGCGCCGGUUGCAUUGAGAGUUGCUCUUGAACUCUGCGCUGGUGUUCGUAAGAAUGCAAAAGGGCACGAGUUGAGGCGCGGCGUCACGGUCACACCUGAACAUCAUAUGACCCGUCACGUCUCCGGCUCAACGCCAAUCGUAGCUCGAUGGCGACUUCGAAGUACAGCAGGCGCCGAGUCCCGGAUGUUCUGCUUUUAUCUCAAUUUUGAAGCAGAAAAUGCAAUGAAUCUGUUUUUUUUUUACGAGAGUCGGUUGUGAAACGGCGUCGGGAGGGAUGACCUUUACCCCGGUUUGCGGCGCUUUAUAAGGAAGUGACUCCGCCUCAGUCGCUUAUUGGCGCCUGCGAGCGGCGGAGGAGCGCAAACAUGAGACGAUUAGUCGCGCUGGCGUGCUUCCUGGCAGCAUGCGCGGCCCAGAAGCCUCACCCGUGCGCGACUCCUUCCCUUCUCAGCGGCCAGCUGACCUUGGCCACACAGAAUGAGCAGCUCUGGGCUUUCGCCCGCUACCUGUACGACGCGCUGGGACAGAGGAUCAGGCUCCAGGAAAUGGGAUUUUACCAGAACAAGUCCUUUACCCACGACGCUCUCCUCCUCUACACAGAGGCCCUCGUGUACGAGAUCGACCAUCAGGACCACACGUGCAAGAAAAGAGCCCUGCGGGUGGACUUCCACCCGAUGGCAGUGCCCAGAAACGCUUCUCUUUUGGGCCAGGCCGUCGUGGGGAGUUCCUCCAGCCCGGGUCAGGGUCUUCUCGUCAACACGUGGACGGGCAAGCUUCCCGACAACGCGCCUUACGUCGUCACGGUCACGGAAUUCGGAUGCAUUCCCGUCUCCACGUCCUACAAGACGCGCUCGUUUGGUUGGAUGGUGACGAGCUUCUUCAACAACGUCGUCGGCAUUUCCGACCCCAACCUGCUCAACCCUCCCGACUUCUGCCAGGACGCGCUGGACGAGGAGCCCGUCGACUUCUUUAGCUUGUUCCACACGAAUUGAGUCAGUCUACAUCAUCGACUAUUAUUACACGAUGAUCAUGCUCAUUUGCGAAACAGUCUUACGCGUCUAAAACGUGAACUCGAACGAAGAUUGCCGUUGCGCUCGCACCUUCUUGGACUGAAGACCGAAGCGGUCUCGGUUUUUUUUUUUUUGGAAUUCAGAUUUGCGGUAACCGAUGACGGGUCUCCCGCUGCUUUCGUUAAUGUGCCACCGCUUGCGUCUUCAACAAUGUACAGAAAUGCCUUCUGA